AUGUACACAAGCUCUCAAAGCCCCUUACUGUUUAACCCUUCCGCUGAUUUUGCCUCCUGUAACAACUACUUUGCUGCACUGGAUGCUACUGUGGAAGAUCUGCAGAGUCGGGCACAAAAUCUGAUUGAUAAGGUUAAUGAGGGUCGUAACAAGGACCAGGCCCUGAUAAAAAACUUUAAUGAAAGCCUCUCCGUGAAGGUAAAUGAGCUUUGCCAGCGUCUUGAGGACAGGAUGUAUCUUCUUUAUGACCAUCACAACAAACUUUUGCAGGAUAUGCUACAAGAGCUUCCAGAAAUUAUAGACAGAAUCGGGCAGUUGCAAGCAGAGCUGAAACAAGUUUCUGAGACUGUUGCUACUGUCUAUAAGGACCUCUGUGUGCAGCCAGAAAUAUGA